AUGAGCAGUGAAGGGACCGAUAAGAUAGCGCUUUGGAUACAACUCUUUAAGCGCGAAUCGGGAGUAGCUCAUGACCUCUCUGCGAUAAUAGUAGAAUUGGGCAACGCCACACAACUAGAAGUUGAUUCUUCUAUAGAUGUUGAUGGAAUCCGCAAACAUAUUGUCAACGAUGAAGAUUUCAAGGUUCUAUUGAUUGAUAUCAAGGCCGAUCAAUUAUGUGCAUAUACGGAUCACGAAUGUACAAUCCUCGUUCCUGCUGACUCACCAGUACCAAGAUCAACAACUUCCACAAACCCGUUACGAAUCGUGAGACCAGCAACUAGCUUUAUGCAGAAUAUCAACAAGGAGACAGACAUGGCCCGUCAACUCGAAGUCAUAAAUGAUCACCUGGAUAUAUAUGGAUUUCUUAACCUGCAAGGAAUGAGACAUUUAGAACUUUUGAAGGAGGGGGACAUAUUGAGUGUGAUUAUCAAGCAAAAGCACUUUGAUAUAACCAUCACAUCAUCAGAAAAGUACAUUCUGCAAACGGAAUCAUUGACAUUCAAGUCACUAGGUGCUUGCUUGCGAAAACUAGCAAACAAAAAGAUAAAUAAUAGUUGGGAUCUUGUAAAAGCAGCUGAUGGAAGGAGCCUUCGAGAGGUUCGACGAUCCUUUAUGCACAAUUUUUCCUCAAUGGUACGACGUACCCUUAUGAAUAUGGACGAACGCAUUUGGAGUGUUGGAGAAGAUAUGCAUCCAAAGAAGAUAUCGUUUACCGCAUAUAUUGAUGCUUCGGAUGAUGACGUCAAAACGUUGAAAGUAGGCAACGUGCUUGCAAGAUGUGACUACGUAAAUUUAGUAAAGGGAGAACAAAAAGUUGCUCGCCUUGAUCAGAGAUCAAGUGUAGAAAUUGGUUUACCAAUAUCACCACGUACACGAGAAGAGCCAGUUGCUCACGAAACAAAUUCUACGGGUUUGCUUGGUGUUACUGCUCGUCAUGUGUAUGAGUCCUUCCUUCCUGAACACGAUUUAACAAUUCACGAUUCAGAGUUUGUUGGUACACCUCAUGACGCCUUUCGAAGCUUUGGUGCUGGUGGAUAUGAGGAUGUAGGACUGCUGAAACUAGGUGCUAAAACAGAGACCGUACGAAAAACCACCGUACAACAUGUCGAUUGCACCCACUUGGUGGAAAGGGUGGAUGAUGAUGAUGAUGGUGAUGAUGAUGAGGACAGUAGUGACAAGCUUUCAUCAGGAGGUGAAGGUGCUGAACCUGAUCUUACCAACAAUAUGGACCCCCAACAAAUGUCCGUGAAGGCAUUAGAUUGUCUCAACACAAGCAAUCCAUGA